AUGGCUGUGCUCAUCUGUACACUUUUCCUCUUCCUUUUCGCCGCUGGCGAAGCCGUAUCCACAGAUCCGACGCUGAAAACUUACAUUUUCCGAGUAGAUGGCGAAUCAAAGCCGUCGAUCUUUCCCACUCAUUACCACUGGUACACUUCUGAGUUCACUGAAUCCACCAGUAUCCUUCAUGUAUACGACACAGUUUUCAAAGGCUUCUCUGCGUCUGUCACUUCCUCACAAGCUUCCGCCUUGGAAAAGCAUCCGUCUGUGUUAGCGGUGUUUGAAGACCGCCGCCGUCAGCUUCAUACUACUCGGUCGCCGCAGUUCGUUGGGCUGAGGAACCAGAGAGGUUUGUGGUCUGAAUCGGAUUACGGUUCAGAUGUUAUUAUUGGCGUAUUUGAUACAGGAAUUUGGCCUGAGAGAAGGAGUUUCACCGAUCUGAACCUCGGACCUGUUCCGAAGCGGUGGAAAGGCGUUUGCCAGACCGGAGUGAAAUUCACGGCGAGGAAUUGUAAUAGGAAGAUUGUUGGAGCUCGAUUCUUCGCUAAAGGACAUGAAGCUUCUGGUGGAUUUGGAGGUAUUGGAUUCGGUGGCACGAUUAACGAUACAGUUGAGUUUCGGUCUCCGAGAGACGCCGAUGGCCACGGUACUCAUACGGCGUCCACAGCCGCCGGUAGGUACGUUUUUAAAGCUAGUAUGGCUGGAUACGCUUCUGGAAUAGCUAAAGGUGUUGCUCCGAAAGCUAGAUUGGCGAUUUAUAAAGUUUGCUGGAAAAGCGCUGGUUGUUUCGAUUCAGAUAUCCUUGCAGCCUUUGACGCUGCCGUUAACGACGGUGUAGAUGUUAUUUCUAUUUCUAUCGGAGGCGGCGACGGCAUUUCUUCACCGUAUUAUCUCGAUCCAAUUGCAAUUGGAGCUUACGGCGCUGUUUCGAGAGGUGUUUUCGUAUCCUCCUCCGCCGGAAACGACGGCCCUAACGGAAUGUCGGUCACUAACCUAGCCCCGUGGCUCACUACCGUCGGAGCAGGCACAAUUGACAGAAAUUUCCCGGCGGAAGUUAUCCUCGGCGACGGAAGAAAGCUCGCAGGUGUAUCGUUAUACGCUGGUCCCUCAUUCAGCGGAAAAAAAUAUCCCCUAAUUUAUCCCGGAAAAUCAGGAAUUCUAUCUGCAUCAUUGUGUAUGGAAAAUGCAUUGGAUCCAAACCUCGUCAGGGGUAAAAUUGUAAUUUGCGAUAGAGGCAGUAGUCCGAGGGUGGCCAAGGGGUUGGUGGUGAAGAAAGCCGGCGGUGUCGGAAUGAUUCUCUCCAAUGGAGUUUCCAACGGUGAAGGACUCGUCGGCGACGCUCAUCUCAUCCCGGCGUGCUCCGUCGGUUCCGACGAAGGAGACGAAAUUAAAGCUUACGCCGCCACCGGCCGCGCAACCGCUACAAUCAAUUUCCAAGGAACAGUUAUCGGAAUUAGGCCAGCGCCGGUGGUGGCCUCCUUUUCCGGUAGAGGACCCAACGGAAUGAACCCCGAGAUUCUAAAACCUGAUUUAAUUGCUCCGGGAGUAAACAUCUUAGCUGCUUGGACCGACGCCGUGGGUCCGACGGGGUUAGAUUCCGAUGAUCGGAAAAUGGAGUUCAAUAUCCUGUCAGGAACUUCAAUGUCUUGUCCUCACGUGAGCGGCGCCGCCGCUCUUCUAAAAUCCGCCCACCCAGACUGGUCACCAGCGGCAAUAAAAUCCGCCAUCAUGACCACCGCAAGCACCGUCAACAAACAGCUCCAACCCAUGACAGACGAAUCCACCGGCAACGCAACAACACCUUAUGAUUUCGGCGCCGGUCAUCUAAACCUCGACCUCGCCAUGGAUCCAGGUCUAGUUUACGAUCUCACCAAUCAAGAUUACGUAAGCUUCCUAUGCUCAAUCGGCUACGGUGCAAAGACAAUCCAGGUGAUCACUCGAUCUCCGGCGGCUUGUCCGAUGAGAAGAAAACCAGUCCCGGAAAACUUAAACUACCCAUCAAUCGCCGCCUUGUUUUCCACCGGGAAAAAGGGGGUUUUGAGGAAGACAUUGAUUCGAAGAGUGAAGAACGUUGGUGAUGUGAAUUCAGUUUACAAUGUGAAGGUGGAGGCGCCGAAGGGUGUCUCGGUGGCUGUGAGGCCGGGAAAGUUGGUGUUUUCCGAUAAGGUUAGGGAGUUGAGUUACUACGUGACGGUGAAAAUGGACGGGAGUAGUGUAAUGAUGGGUGAUUCCGGUGCUGUAUUUGGGUCACUUUCGUGGGUUGAUGGAAAGCAUGUGGUUCGAAGCCCUAUUGUGGUGACACAAUUAGACCCAAUGUGA